GCGCCCACCGUCACUUUGAUAUUUUGUUCGUGUGAGUCGGCGCGGCCGAACUUGGGUUUUAAUUUUUGUUUUAUUCGUUGAAUUUGUGGUCAAAACGAAAUAUUUUGAGUCUGUGCGUGUUCGCGUAGUUGGGGCAAUGAACAUGAUGAGUAUUGAAAAUGAAAUUGUGGCAUACAACCGCUUAAGCAAGGAGCCGCAGAUUAAGAAUGAAACUGAAAAGUUGCGGCGACUUGCAGGUGAUCAAGACAAUUUCAUUGAACAGGUUGCAAUGCUCCGUGAUCAAGAGAUAAACGAGGACGAUAAAGAGAUUGAUGAAGGAGAAGACGAGUGCGACGAAGAAGAUCACUAUGAAGCUACGAAUGAAGAAGAUGGCGACGUGAAUAACGACGAAACCGAAGAACAAGGAGACGAUGAGAAUGACGAUGGCGAAAAUGAGGAAGAAGAGGAGGACAAUUAUGAAGAAGAGGAGGAAAUCGCUGAACUUCCACGUCACUAUAUCGACGGGCAGCGACUCAACCCCUAUUCGUUUAGCUUCAGAGUGAACAUGUUUGCAUCCCAACAGCCACUGGCCGGCAUGGACUCGCCGAGAUGUGUCAUUCAGAGACAUUAUCCAACAUUUGACACCUCAUUUGCUGAUUGGUAUUACAACAGAGGCCUCUUGGGUGAGGAGGGGAAUGUUUUGAUGGAAAAUGCAGUUCAAAAUUGUUACCCAAACACCCCUGGCGAGAAUGAACUCAUCGAUCCAGCGUUUAUACUCUGGGACAGAAUGCGACGAGCAGGAUAUCUGAAUGUGCCGAGCAGACCGCAACCCAGCGAUCCGUUGGAUCAGUUGAGGCCCAGGGCGCCGCCUCCACAAUAUUUAUCUGCAGCCAGUUAUCCAUCUGCCGGAGCUACCUAUAACCCUGUCGGAGGAAGUGGCGCAAAUACGAUGGUAAAUCCCCACCACGGAAUGAUGUCUUUGGGGUAUCGACCCACCUAUCCGAUUGCAAGUCCCAACGGAGAGCGCCACCCAGCUUUACCGCAUCCAAACACCGCCGCAUAUCCAACAGCAAAUCAUUAUAGAGACAAUGUGUCCAAUGCUCAAGGAGGGUAUCCGGCAUCUGAGCCGUUAUCCACUUCGGUUUCUGGACCCGUUCUGCCUCAAUCAGAGCCAUCACCAAAUGUACCUUGGCGGAUCUAUGAUAGCUUGCCGGUACCCGGCCAACCUGUACCUUGUCGCGAGUGUGAAGUACCCGUAGAGAGGCAUAGCACUCCAAGUCCUGGCAGCCUUUAUGAAAGUCAUGGAAGCACAGAUCUUUGCCCGCGUUGUGAAUAUCGACUCGCUGCUGAGGCUGCGGCUGAGGCGGAGGCGGAGGCUGAGGCGGAGGCUGCCGAUGGCAGAGACUUUGCCACUAUGUCUCCCUCGGGCCACAUUGUACCUCGAUCCUGGUUAAUGCAAGUGUUUGCGGUCUGGCAACAUAAUGAGCAUUUGCAUGGGCGGAUGCAGGCAAGCCCAACGGAGCUACCCCACGAGCUGGGUCCACUAUCACCAAGAGCACCCAGAGACCUGGAAAAUGGUCAGCCACACUUUCGAGGUCCCUACGCGCCAUUGCUGGCCCACCGCCUGGCCAAUGCCGUGGAAUACGGCCUCUUCACUGCCGCCGACUAUGGACCGAACUCCGCGAUGAUGAACGAUGUGCUGGAUCAGAUAAUAAGACUGCGUCCCAAUUUCAUGGACCCCAACAAUGACAGCGAACAGAAUCAAAUCACUCAUUCGCGCGUGUCCCCAUUGGACCAGCGUGAAUUGAACAUCAGAGAGGAGCAGAAGAUAUUCUGGGACGCGUCUCAGCGUCGCCGCACUAACAAGUAAUCCAAAGGCUAGAACUAGACAUUACGAAUGUACAAAACAGUUUUUAAAACUACUUAGAUGUAC